AUGCCAGCGAAGCAGAAGAACCGACAGUGGCCACGCACCGUCAGGACUCCUACCAAGAAACCAACUACAGCGCUCAGAUUGAAGGCUCUACCGCUGGAAAUUGUUCAACGAAUCAUCUCUUUUUUGGACCCCAUCGCGCUGAUUUCCCUCGGCCAAACGGGCAGAUACUUCCGGCGCCUGAUUAGCCCAGGGAGAGCAGAAUUUGUCGGUCGACUUUUAGCUCUUGAAUGUCUUGACAAAUACGGGGGCUCAGCGUCAAUCAUUCACGCCGGCGUAUGUCCUCGCCCCGCCUCGAGCGCAGAGUGGGAGACAAUAAGAUGGGCUUGCACGAGCUGUAUGCGGCUACUACCACAUACUUGCUUUGAAAACCACGCAAUCCUGCGGUUUGGAUAUCGGAAGCCAAUUCCCGGGACACCAGCUGCAGAGACGGCCACAAAGUGGAGAGCUUCGUGGCGGGGUAAGAUCUGGGGAGGAAAGGGAAUUAAACAUGUACCGCCGCUGGAGCUCAAUCAAAGACGCAGAGGCCAGAGGGAGAAGGAUGACUGGAUACAUCCUGCCAACGUGAGCAAGUAUCUAGAACGACUCCAAGAAGUUGGGAUACAUAUCGAGGCCAUAGCUGACGAAGAAUCACCAACACUGGAGGCCAAACAAGCCGCGAUGGAGCAAGUCCUCGAAAAAUCACAGUUGCAUCGGUGGGGAUUCAAACGACACCUUCGCAAAUGUAACGAAUGUCGCUAUCAAGCAGGACAUCUAUAUCAACAUCCUAUGCGGCCCGUCUCUGUACCAUACCUCCAGACGAGCAGACAAUUGCUCUAUGCCGGCAUGUUGGAACGAUAUUUCCCACAGUAUUGGACUGUGCUGAAACAUCAGCGGCCUCAAUUACCUCAGAAUCGGACCAUGGAAGUUUGGCCUACGUACAUGGGGAGAUGCAACAUAUGCAAGUCAUGGCAAGAGAUGAGAUCAUUUCGAGUAGGGCUGACGCGUAGUAAUAACAUUGCCUUCACGCACAGAGAAUGGGAUGAUCACCAUUUUGAGUGGUCUGACUACUUUGACUCCCUCGAGUGCAACCAUUGCGUUGCGAAAACGCAGGGCCCCGAGGUCCUUGGCACCAUGCUGUUAGAAUGGAUCAACGAUCUCGUUUCCAAAGAGGAUCGAUUUUACAAUGAUGUUGUCUACGAAGGUUUUGUGAAAGUAAGGGUGUCACUGGCGCGGCUGACAUGUAACGGUCAUACAGAGUCAGAACAACGUGGCCGACUCAAGGCCAUGUUCGAGAUUACUCUAGAAGGGAAAGCGGAUUACCUUACAAGAGAUGACGCGGUGGAGCUUCUCAUGCGGCAUCAUGAGGGCAUCAAGACUAUCUGGGAGGACCUCUUGUCCCACGAUUCGGAAUUUGCACUGAAGUUCGGCGACGAUAGUUUUGAGACGGGCUGGGUACGAAAUUUACACACGUACCAAACGUACUUGAUAUGGCUGGGUAAUACCAAGCGUGAACUAAACGAGAGGCCAUUAGCCCUUGUUAGAUGGGCGAUUAGUAGACGCCAGUCUCAAUAA